UGAGCGGAAGGGCGCCUGGUGGGUCGUGGCUCCGUCCCCCGCUCCGGCCUCCCCGCCGCGCCCGGCCAUGGAAGAGGAGCUGCGGGGCCGCUUGGAGCGCGCCGGGCAGCCCCACCUGCUGCGCUUCUGGGCCGAGCUGGGGCCGGCGCAGCGGGAGGCGCUGCUGGAGCCCGAGGAGCUGGCCGAGCAUUGCCGCCGGGCGGCCCAAGCCUGCGCCCGCCACCAACGGCCCAGUCCCGGGAAGCUGGAGGGCCGCAUACAGCCCCUCCCGCCCGAGCUGGUGGGCGGCGUCGGCAGCGGCGACCCGGCGGCUCUGCAGCGGUGGGAAGAGGAAGGCCUCCGCCAGAUCUCCCAGGGCAAAGUGGCGGCGCUGCUGCUCGCUGGCGGGCAAGGGACGCGUUUGGGGGUGGCCUACCCCAAGGGCAUGUUCGACGUGGGCCUGCCCAGCCACAAGACCCUCUACCAGAUCCAGGCCGAGAGGAUCCGCAGAGUGGAGCAGCUGGCAAGCCAGAAGUUUGGCUCGCCGUGCCUGGUGCCUUGGUACAUCAUGACCAGUGAGUUCACGCUGGGGCCGACGGAGAAAUUCUUCCGGGAUCACAAUUAUUUCCACCUGGACAAGUCGAACGUGAUCAUGUUUGAGCAAAGGAUGCUGCCGGCGGUGACCUUCGAUGGGAAGGUGAUCCUGGAGGAGAAGGGCAAGAUCGCCAUGGCGCCAGAUGGCAACGGUGGCUUGUACCGCGCCCUGGUGGACCACAAGAUCCUGGAGGACAUGCAGCGACGGGGCGUCCAGUUCGUCCAUGUCUACUGUGUGGACAACAUCCUGGUCAAAAUGGCGGAUCCCGUCUUCAUUGGCUUUUGCGUCUCCAAAGGAGCCGAUUGUGGUGCCAAGGUGGUGGAGAAAGCCUACCCCGCCGAGCCUGUCGGGCUGGUGUGUCGCGUGGACGGAGCCUUUCAGGUGGUGGAGUACAGCGAGAUCCCUGCGGAAACAGCCGAGAAACGCAGUCCUGACGGUCGCUUGGCCUACCGGGCAGGAAACAUCUGCAACCAUUUCUUCAGCCUCGACUUCCUUUGGGAGGUAGUGGAGCAAUUCGAGUCGCAGCUGACGCCCCACGUGGCCAUCAAGAAAGUGCCUUACGUGGACGAGGAAGGCCGUCGGGUGGAGCCGCUCGAGCCCAACGGGAUAAAGCUGGAGAAGUUUGUGUUUGAUGUGUUCCCGUUUGCUAAAAACUUUGUCGCCUUUGAAGUCCUGAGAGAAGAGGAGUUCUCCCCGCUGAAGAACGCAGACACGGCUACCAGAGACACUCCGACCACGGCACGACGUUCCAUUCUCUCUCAGCAUUACCGCUGGGCCCUCAAGGCGGGGGGCAGAUUCGUGACGGGGGACGGGCAGCCGAUCCCGCAAAAGGAGAGUUUCUCCCAAGACGAGGAACCGCCUGCUGUGUGCGAGAUCUCACCUCUAGUCUCUUACUUUGGAGAGGGGCUGGAAAAAUAUAUGCGGGGCCAAAACCUUCCAUCUCCGUUUCUUCUUGAUGAAAGCAAAGCUGAGCUCUGAGCUUUGGCUGAAGCUGGAUGGCUCCAUUUUGGAAAAAAGGUCAAUAUUUUUUUUAAAAACUAAAGCAAUUCUUUUUAGAAAAAAAAAGUAAUUUUGAAAAAGAGCGCUUUCAGAACCAAGGCAAGUUUGCCUUCCUGGAGGAAGGUCGGAAAAACGACCGGUUAUCUGAGAAUCUUUCUUCAUAUUAAAAUGAAUUUUAAAAGCAA